CAAGAAUUGCAGAUACCAAUGAUUACUUAGAUAACAACUCAAUCAAUUAAUCACAAAAUGAGGACACUGUCAGGGAAAACUAUUCUAAUUUAAUUACAUGUAAUUGACUGUUGAAUGUGUAUUGAAAUCAGCAAUCAAUAUUGAUCUACAACUACGCCAGCAAUUAACUGAUGGACUCAAUGUAAAAUACAAAUGAUACGAAAAAAUAAAAAAGAGACACUGAUGUUGGUAUUGCCAUGGAAACGAUGAGACACAUAGUUUUACUGCUGAUUUGGAUGAAGCUGUUACCUAGCAACCAAUGUGCCGAUCUUCUCCAUCCUGAAUCCGAUGUGACCUCAAGCCAUGGACAUUAUCCCCCAAUGUAUUGUAAAUACACACAUAUCGUCUUCAAAGGAGACACAGGAGCAUUCCAUUAUAAAAGUCAUCGGGACCUACACAAACAGUGUUCCUUUGCUGGAACAGACAUUUGGGAAUUUAAAAAAGACCCUGAUUUGGACAUUGAAAAAUGUACAGAGACAUAUGAUCAAGGGCAUAUAUUUACAAUAUUUUACUACUAUGGAAGUAAUUAUUUUCACCUGCAUUAUGACAUGAUGUUACCUCUUUUUGCUGAGAUUAUGAAAACAGGUAGCAGGGAGGGGACUGCAGCAUUUUUGCCAACUGUGGAGUCAGAGAGAUUAAAGAAACUUAAUUGGGAUACAGUGGCAUUUGAUGACGACAGUAAUUACUGGGUCCAGACAGUCAAGCUACUACUAGGAAAACAUGAUGCCUAUCGACCAAUGAAUGACAAACUCAGGACUCCUGGCUACACAAUCUGCUUCAAGAAAGCAUAUUUUGGGAGUCCAAGAUUUGAGUUUGACAAUCGUGAUGUUGUGAGGAAUUUUAUCAAGUAUGCAAAACAAAUGCACAAUAUUACAGAAUACAAUAUAGAGACACCUUUAGUAGGAAUUAUAUCAAGGUCCAACAGGCGUAGGAUUCUGAAUGAGGCUGAUGUCGUUAAAGCUUUGUCUGAAAUUGUCCCCACAGUACUGAUAGAGUUUACGGGCAUGACCUACAGAGAACAGGUCCAGUUGAUGCAAAAAUAUUCCGUCCUAAUCGGAAUGAAUGGUGCUGGUCUAAUGAAUGCUCUCUACCUGCCCAAGACAAGCGUCGCCAUCCAGUUAGUGCCUUAUAAAGCUGGGCUUAAUUUCAAUGAAUUUGGGAAACUGUUAAAAUCCAGGGGGCCCUACAUAGAGUGGCAUAAUCAACAUGAAGAACUAACUGUCCCAAUGCCAGGGGAUCCACAUAGAAAUAGACCUGAUACGAUUUUACACAUAGAUGAAAUGAAAGAGUUGGUCACUGAAGCGUUAGAGUUGAUCUCAAAGCAGAAACAUAAUGUUAAAACAGAGCUGUGA